UAUUAGAAAUGAGGCAUUGGAAAAAGACGUAUUAAUCAUAAUGAAAACUAAAGUGUUAUUGAAGGAUUUUUGUAAAUAUGUCUACUACGCUGGCAUUGGCAACUAUUGGUCGGAAAAUAUGUACCCAGAGACUAUCCUAUACAAAAUAUACACGAUUGUCUCAUUUUCUAUUUACACUGUGAUGAUUUUCCUGGAGAAUCUCGCGGCUCUGUUCGGUAAUUUCCCUGAAGUGGAGAAAAACUCGGCCGCCAUGUUUUUCGCCAUUCACAACAUCGUACUAACUAAAAUGUUGCUGCUAUUGUAUCACAAGGAAUCUAUAAGGAAAUUGAAUUUUGAAAUGGCCGCAGUGUGUGAAAACUUUGAAGAAGAACGCGUUAUGAAACGACAGUAUCUCAAAGUUAAAUUUGGCAUUUUGUUGUAUGUUGUUUCUGUGUAUUUGUCACUGAUUGCGUAUGGCGUUGAGAGUACCAGGAAAGCAUACGCUGAAGGCGCACCUUUCUACACAGUUGUGACCUACUUGCCUUAUUAUGAGGACGAUUCUACUGGUGCUUCAUUUUUCCGAGUAUUUUUCUACGCCACUUGGUUGUACAUGAUGCUUCCCAUGAUGUCAGCUGACUGUCUGCCCAUCGCCCAUCUCAUCAUGCUAGCCUACAAAUUCAUCACCUUACGUCAUCACUACGAUAGGAUUAGAGCAGAGUUUGACAACGACAUUUUGGUUUUAAAUAAGAAAGUGGCAAUAGAGAAACUAAAGGCAGGAUUUUUGGAAGGUAUAUUGAUGCAUCAAAAACUUAUGUAUUUAGCCGACGAAAUACAUCGUGUUUUUGGAAUAAUAAUGUCACUCCAAGUCUGCGAAAGUUCUGCAGUCGCGGUUCUGCUUCUGCUACGCUUAGCGUUGUCUUCUCAUUUGGAUCUGACGAAUGCGUUUAUGACAUAUACGUUUGUGUGUUCUCUGUUCAUUCUGUUGGCUCUUAAUCUGUGGAAUGCUGGGGAAAUUACUUAUCAGGCAUCAUUACUGUCAUCAUCGAUGUUCUACAGCGGCUGGCACCUGUGUGAGCCAGAGAACCCUCGCAGGGACAUCCGCCAGCUGGUGCUUAUCAGCUGUGCGCAGGCGCAGAAGCCGCUCAUAUUGAAGGCGUUCGGCAUUCAGGAGCUGUCCUAUGAGACAUUUGUUUCGGUUGCAAGAAUGACGUAUUCAAUCUUCGCUGUAUUCUACCAACGGGGAGAGUAAUCAACCAGGAUUAGAAAAUAAAAAAUUCAAGAGAAGUGCAAUUUAUUACUAUUUCUAUUUAUAAACGUACAACAUUACAAAUUGUGUAGAACACAGCGUUUUUUUUAAUGAAUUCUGUCUGUGGUCUGGCUAAUAAACUUAUAAACAUGCAUAAGUUAAUAUA